AUGUUAAAGUAUCCAUCAGAAGAUAUUGUUGUUUUUGCUGUUCCCAAAAAUAUUGCCUUUUGGAAAGUGAUCUUGAAAGGAUCUGAAGAAACUCCUUAUCAAGAAAAAUUUUGGAUGCUAUAUGUUGAAUUUGAUUCACAUUAUCCAAACUGCCCGCCAAAUGUUCGUUUUGUUACACCUAUAUAUCAUGUUAAUAUUAGUGGUGAUGGAAAAAUUUGUCAUCAAAUUCUUGGGCGAUGUUGGUUUAUGCAAACGAAGAUGAGUGUCAUUUUCGAAAAUAUUCUUAAUCUUCUUAAGAAGCCAAACUUUGAUGAUGCCAUAUCGUGUGAAAAAGCUCAUUUGUAUAAGGAAAGUCCGAAUGAUUACAACAGAGAGGCAAAAGAUCAUUCAAAUAAGUAUGCAAAAAAUGAUUUGAAAACGUUGAAAGAUGAAUAUCGUCUGGAAGAUGAUGAUAAUCAAAUAGACGAAUCACCAUAA